AUGGUAGUGAUCGAUCUUGAAACACAUGGCAACGCCGCAGGCGUGGAUCUCAAAUUCGGAGUGGAGCAGGAAGUAGACAUGAUAUUUGCUUCUUUUAUUCGUAAUGCAGAAGGAGUCCGAGAAAUGAGGAAGGUCCUCGGUGAAAAAGGCAAAAAGAUCAAAAUCAUUGCCAAAAUCGAGAACCAACAAGGCAUGGAAAACGCAGAUGAGAUUAUCGCCGAAGCGGACGGUGUCAUGGUCGCAAGAGGCGAUCUCGGUAUAGAAAUUCCUACUGAAAAAGUGUUCGUAGCUCAAAAGACGAAUGCGCAAGGAAGUGCAAAAGAGAUCAUCUUCACACCAGCUGUAACAAGAACGCGUUCAUAA